GUUCUCAAAACAAUUUCAAUAAAAAGAGAAUACCACAACUUCAACGCUUGUCCUUGCUACUUGAGACCUUACGAGUCAAAUACAAUGCAGCCAAUCUACUCGACAGCCCGUCGGCUGAUAGCCAGCCGCAACAUUACCAAUCCUCUCAGACAACAUCAUCGCCUACAGUCUUCACUGUCCAGACCCUCAUUCUCAUUUCGACCACCUCUGAAUACUCGUUAUCCAUCUGCGGCCCUCAAACGACGCAACUCUUCUCUCAGCAUUCCGGGAGGGCAGCCUCAGACACAGCCCUCAGAAGAUGCACCGGCAUAUCAUCUAAGCUUCACCUGUAAGCCUUGCCUCCACCGUUCGACGCAUCGCAUCACCAAGCAAGGUUACCAUCACGGCACUGUGUUGGUCACUUGCCCUUCCUGCAAAUCCCGCCAUGUCAUCGCAGAUCAUCUCAAAGUCUUUCUCGACACCAGCAAGACAUUAGAAGACAUCCUGAAAGAAAAAUUGGAAGCGGGUGAGGACUUUACCCAAUUGCUGAAGAAGGGGAAAUUGGGCAUUCGUCCUGGUGCGCUGGUCGGAAACGAAGGCGAAGAAGAUCUAGAGUUCUGGGAAGACGGGUCGGAAACACAACAUAAACCUUUGGUCAACGAGCCUUCCCCAACAGGCGAACCAACUGGAACCGAUGACCAGAUAUACAACCCCAGAUAUAAGAAAACAUGAACCCAACCCGCCUGGAUCUGACAAUAUUGAGCGUUCUACGUACGAAUCAAUCUCAAUACCACCGAAUCGACUGAAGUCUACGCAGGAGAGAUCUGUUCCUAGAGGAUCCGAGAUUUGGUCAUCGAUGGAAGCCCCCCUUUGCUGCAUUUUGCGCCAUGUUCUUGACAGAAGACGCCUCUUGAAGGGACGUAUUCGCAGGUUAAUUGUACGAUAAUCAAGAUCAGGGAGUACCGCCCCUUACGACAGCGCUGGGUACAACAAUCCUCCGUAACGAUUGCCAUGUGUUCAAGUGCACCUCUGACAAAAUCAGCAUUGAUACAUUGUUGGUGGCAUCUUCACCACUGCAUCGUAAGGAAGCACAUCUCGACGUGGGUUUCAAAAAGAGAUUCAUCUCAACUUUUGAGCAAAUACUCUUGCAUACCAUGUCUAAUAUAGAUAUAGAUUAAUGAAUACAAACAUACGCUGACACUCUGC